GAUUAAUGAACGUUACCUGGCAGUUAGGGGAUAGAAGAAAAAAGUCCAACAACCAUCAUGAAAAGAUUCAAGACCUAUUAAUUGACACAAUUACAUGCUAAUAAGUGGCGUAGCAAAGUUUGCUUUAACAGUUAUUCCGCUUAAUUUGGGAGAAAGGGCAAACUGGUGGAAGCCAGCACAGUGAAUGGAAACAUGGAGCAGCCGAUCUACACCACCAGGGCCCAUGUCUUCCAAAUCGACCCAACUACCAAGAAGAACUGGGUUCCUGCCAGCAAGCAGGCUGUCACUGUCUCCUAUUUUUAUGACAGCACGCGUAACAGCUACCGCAUUAUCAGUGUCGAUGGAACCAAGGUCAUCAUCAACAGCACAAUCACACCCAACAUGACGUUCACCAAGACAUCACAGAAGUUUGGCCAGUGGGCCGACAGCAGGGCCAACACCGUGUUUGGAUUGGGCUUCGCUUCAGAGCAGCAGCUCACAAAGUUUGCUGAGAAGUUCCAGGAGGUAAAAGAACAGGCUAAGCUAGCAAGGGACAAAUCUCAAGAGAAGGUGGAGACAUUGAGUAAUCACUCCCAGUCGGAAUCUGGUCGUGAUACACCCUCAACCAACCAGGCAUCCAGCAUUAAUGGGACAGAUGAUGAGAAAAUCUCUCACGUCGGUCCGGAGGCUGCUCUCCUACAGAGUGAGAAUGAACGUCUCAAGAGUGCAGUAGAGCAGAGCAACACCAACGCCAAGAAGUGGGAAACAGAGCUUCAGACUUUAAGAGAAAAUAAUGCCAGGCUGGUGGAUGCACUGCAGGAGUCUUCAGCUAAUGUAGAGAGCUGGAAGAAACAGCUUAGUGCCUGCAAGGAGGAGAGUGACACGCUCAGGAACAAGAUUGCUGAACUAGAAGCCCAGUGCAAUGAAGCCAAUCAAGAGAGGCAGAAAAACGCCCAGCUGACUGUGAGGGUAAAGGAGCUGGAGGCUGAGCUACAGGACAAGGAGCAGGAGCUGGAGAAUUUGAGGAAGCAGGCAGAGAUAAUCCCUCAGCUCAUGUCGGAGUGUGAGAGCAUCACUUCGAAACUGCAGGCUGCAGAGACAAGAAACAAGGAGCUGGAGGGGAGAAUAGAGGGUCUUCAGCUGGACAUAGACGACAGCCGACAAAAGCAAGGAAACAUGAAGAUCGAGCUGAAGAAGUUGAUGGAUGUUCUAGAUGGAAAGCUAGAUGAGCUGCAAGAGUUCAGGCAGGGGCUGUCUAAGCUGGGUGCUGAUAACUGAGGAAAAGUAGCACUGAGCUAAAAGGGUCGGAGGUCAGGUACGAAGGAUUCACUACAGGGCAGAAACUGUGUGGCACCUAUUCCCCCAAGGUGACGUCCACACAGACACAAUUCAGCUUUGGCUUCUAAUAAACACUACCUUGUGAGAAAGAUGUUUUUGAGAGAGGGAGAGAGAGACUGGCAGACUAAAAGGAGGGAGGAAGGCCAGUGCACUCCACCAAAUGGCUCGAUUUCGUGUGCUGGCAUUGCAAAACUAAAUCAAGAGUCACACUUUGAGCUUACUUAACCGUUUCUGUGGGGGAAAAACAGGUU